AUGUACAUGAGUGUGUGUGUGUUUAUGUGUGGUGUGAGGCGCGUUCAGCACAGCAGACACAAACCCUACGCUGCAUGCAGCUUUCGGCGCUGCCAGGAGAAUCCAUGUCCACUCAUGUCUGGAGCUCAUGAAUAAAGCGGUGAUGGAGCAUCGAGGAGAGAAAUACAGCAACAAUGAAAAAGACAAUCCUGCUGCGCCUUCAUGGAGCCAAAAUGGCGCCACGGAGGAAGAGUAUGGAUGUUCGGACGGUCCCGGUGAAGAGAGACGGGUCAAGAGCGGCUCACGGGCCGCAAAGCCAGCCGAAAAACAACCGCGACUGAACUUCCACAUCCCCCGGAAGAGCAGAGAAAAGAGAGCUCUAUUCCAGAAUGUGUCUACAGACUCCAGAGAAUUUUCAGACAUCCUGCAAAUCCUCACCUCCUGUUACAAGGACUCUUCUUCCACUGGGAUGUUUGUUUACUCAAAACCUCGCCUCGUCCACAGUGAACCACUGGAGAAAGACUUCAUGGAGAAGAGAAGAGAGCUCAAGGCGGAUGGGCGCACAGAGAAAGAGUUGUCUGAAACCUUCUGCUUCCUGCUUUCUGAUGCUCAAAAGGUCUCUGUGGUGUGUGAGAAAGGUCUGUCUGUUGGCAGCAGCUGGAUAAAUAUGUUGGGGAAUCCAUCUAAAGGCGUUUACCUGUGUCAGUUUUCUGAUUUACUUCAAAUCAACCCGUUUGAGCCUGGAACUACAGGAGAUAUCAUCAUAUUUAAAGUGAUAAAGGGUCGAGUGAAGAGCGUGCACGACUGUAUAUCCAGAUACCCAGAUAACCGGACAUCCAGAGGGAUUGAUCCUACACCUAAAUUUGACAGCCAUUUCUCCAAGAGCUCAACUCGAGUGACAUCCUUACUGUCACACAUGGCUUUUGAGUAUACACAGCAAUACUUCUAUGAGUAUGUGGAUUUCGAGAUUUCUUCCAGGCCAAGACAUGUGUGUCCGUAUGCUGUGGUCUCUUAUUACUUUAAAGGCAAAGAAGCUUCAACGGUCAUCCCUAAACCACUGCCUCCUUUUAGGUCCAACAGUCAGCCCGCUGGGACGAGUUUAGGUAGGCACUGCUACACGGUUUGGCGUGGACAUUUUGUGAACGGGGGAAAAGAUGUGUACCAGGCCUGCCUUCGGUCACUAUCUCAACCCUUUUUGCCCUACAAACUGCCAGAGAAGAUUGAGAUUGGGAAAGUGAUGAGGCUACAGCAGGUGAAGCAGAAAAUUCCAUCGUCCAUCUUCUCCUGGAACCUCUACACGGGCAGCCAUGAAGUGUUUAAAAGUGGCAUGGUCUGCAGUCUGUUUGACGUGGUGGAGGAAGACAAAUCUCCAAAGAGUUUGAGGGCGUUGAUGCAGAAACUGGAGGAAGAGGGUCUGGUGUUGGUGAAUAUGGUGAAAGACAGAGGUUUUCUCUUCUUGCUCUCUGUCGGUCAACUGACCAAUUCAAGUGAGCGACGAAAUGGUUGGAAAAUGUCCAGUAUGCAAGCACUUUUUGUUUACAGCGAGAAGCGUGGAACGUUAAAGAGCUCCUCAAAUCCUUCUGAAAGCUGCAACCCUGUGUCGUCAGAUUUUCAAAGUUCCAUGAUGCCUCAGCAUGAUUCCUUCAUCUCCGCUCUCCACUAUUCUCUCAGCAAGUCUCGCAGUGACCCUCCUGCUGAACUUGGGACCACCAUAGAGCAUCAGGUUUACGACUACCUCACUAACCUUUGUGAAGGCAAACCUGUACAGCGCAUUAGGACUGACUAUGAUCCCAAACUGGACGUCAGGGAAAAGCUGUUCCCUGCACCCAGGCAGAAGAAUAACUGGGAGAGCUUCAUGCGGCCCUACAUCUUCAACCCGGCCAAAUUCACAAUGGUUCAAGAAAAUAUGAAGAAAAAGGUGGAGCAGCUCCAGUUUCAGCCUGACCAGAGUACGAGGAAAGCAGCCUCUCAAAAUGACCCAGUGAAAGUAAAAGAGUUACUCAAACUCAUUCAGAUGAACAGAAAGGGCUCGCAGGGAGAGACCGGAAGUCCAGAAGCAAUGGAGGGCACCUGCACACUCAAGAGGAAAGUGGAUCUCGACGACCAUGAAGAAAGCUCAAAACGCCACAGAAAUCAAUCCACUGCUGAAGAAGGUGAGAUGCAGACUUCUCCAACCCUUACCAAUGUCCUGAGCAGUGCUGGCCUUCAGGACACAGACCUGAGGAAGGACAAAAAUCAGGGUGCACUGAAAGUCAUUGAGAUGCUGGACAGUUUUGGAAAGACCAGCCUUGACACGGACCUGCGCAAAGACAAGGCCCAGGGGGUGCUAGAGGUCAUAAAGCUAAUAGACACUCUGACCAGAGGUGCCACUCAGUCUUCUGAGGACACAGAGAUGAAGGACACUAUAGACGUUUCUGAUGCAGCGCUUUUCAACAGUAUGUCAAGACUCGGCCUUCCAACUGACCGGGACAUUGACCUGAGAAAAAGAUUCAGGAAUGAUGAACCUGAGAAGCCAGACUCUCUUGAGAAAAAACUUGCAACAGACCACCUAGAGAAGACGCAGGUGAACAGAGGAGAGGAGGAGACUGCUGGUAGCUUGAGUAGUUUAGAAGCAUUUAGCCCCUGUUCCGAUUCUGGAGGACAGCAGCGUGGCGUUAACCUGCUCGGGGAAAAGACCAUUCCAUGGGUACUAAUACCUAUCACAGGUCUGAAAACUGAGAGAUAUUCCCAAAGGAAGAAGGACUACCCUGAAGAUCCCGCUUCCUCAGAGCCCACGGUAUCGACACACAACACGCCUGACAUUAAGGAUCUCUCUCCCACUUACCAGCCUGACAGCAGCAACACUGUAGCGGAUCUGGAUGUGCAAACUACAGCAGAGGUUGAAGACGACGACCCUGUAACCCCUUCGGUCAACACUUCGACAGAAGCUCUUGCAAAUGCAGCCCCCACCAUGAAUGGUGUUGACCACAUAGUCGAUGAGCUCAUCUCUGGCUUCUCCAGUGAGGUCGAAGCAAUCUUGAGGGGCAAUAACAUUUAUUAUGUGUCGUGCUUAAACAAUCAGAGCUCACGAGAACCACCUCAGGCUCCAGUUCCGCCUCUUUCUGAUUAUGUUUUAAACUUCACCACUCCCUUUCCUGUCUGUAACUACGUCAGCUCUUUGCAUGACAGGAUGAUGAAGUUCAUUCAUGGAAAUCAACACAGUGAAGCUCAAGAAGAUGUGUCCUCUUCCUCUUUACCUACAGAAGAUCCUUCAGAUGUCCCUGAUACAUCCUCCAACGUGUGUGCUUCCUCAUCUUCAACCACUAAACCCAAUAAAAGCUUUGAGUUUCAUCGGAGACCCAUGUUUGCCUUCUGCGCCCUACCUGAGCCAGUAACUCAAGCACAGCAUCAGUCAGGUUUGCCUGAUGUCCACAAACUGCCCCAAAAGAUUUGGCCAUUAGAGCAAGACUCAGUGGCCCAACAGAUAACAGAAGCAAGCAUCAUUGAUGAUCUAAAACAAGGCUCACAUGAGGUCAGUGGUAGUUCGGUUGCUGAGACUAUGGAAGCUGAUGAGGGUCAAAUGUCAUGCUCUGCUGUCCCAGCUGAAGACGCCUCGAUGGACCACACACAUUCAGCUAUCAGCAGCAUCAUCCAUCAGCUGCAGCCCGAGAUGAUCACUAACCUGGUGGAGAUCCUUAAAGGAGUGCAGAAGAACACAGUUUACUUCUAUAUUCAUUCCCUGGAGGAGGAGAGUGAUGUCUGCUGGGAAAUUAAGGAAUACUUGAAAAAGUUGGGAGAUUUGGAGUGUAACCCUCAAGGCUUC